AUGAAAAAUAAAAAUAUUAAUAUUGACAAAAAUGUAAAAGAAGAUGGAUCUAAUAAAUGUAGUAAUUUUAAUAAAAAUUUAAUAGCUUUUGUUAAAUCUACUUGUGAUAUGGGUGUUGAAAAUCUCAUAAAGGAAUUUCAAGGUCUUCAAUUAUAUGAAAAAAAACAUAUGAAGAAUCAUAAAGCAUUCAAUGAUAAUAUUAAUAAAUGUAGAUACAGGGAUGUAUUUUGUAAUGAUGAACAUCGUUUUAUACUUAAAUGUGAAUCUAAUGAUGACAACCAAAAUGAUUUUAUACAUGCAAAUUACAUGAGUUCUUCAAAAUGUUCUCCAUUCAUUGCUACACAAGGUCCUUUACCAAAUACAAUUAAUGAUUUUUGGAAGAUGGUUUGGCAAUCUAAAGCAUAUUCUAUUGUAAUGAUAUGUGAUAUCAUUGAAAAUGGUAAAAAAAAAUGUGAACAAUAUUGGCCUUUAAAUCCUCUUACAGAAAUAAAAGCAGGUGUUAUUGUAGUAAAAUUUCUAGAUAAACAAAAGUUAGACAAAAACAUUGUAAAAAGUACACUGCUGAUGAUAAAAAGAGAAAAAAAAAUAAGAUUAGUGCAUCACUUUCAAUAUUUUGGAUGGCCAGAUCGUGGAGUACCAAUAAAUUACUCUCCAUGCAUACGUUUGAUGAAAAAAGCAACAAAAAAUCUUCCAAUUAUUAUUCAUUGUAGUGCUGGUAUUGGUAGAACAGGGACAAUGAUUUGUUUAGAUGAAAUUCUUAAAAAAUUAAACACAUCUGAAGAAUGUCUUUAUGUAAAAAAUAUUAUACUGGAGAAAAGACGAUUUAGAUAUGGAAUUGUACAAACAGAGAUACAAUAUUUGUUUAUCCACAGAGUUUUACUUUAUUUGGCUGUUAAAAAAAAACUUGUUGAUAAUAAUGUAAUUGCACAAUUUGUUAAAAAUUAUGAUACUAUUGUUACCAGUCUUAAUUGUAACCAACUUAAAAAACCAGAGCAGCAAAAAGAAAAAGUUGAAAUUAAAAUAGAACAAAUAAAAGAACCUCCUAUUAAACAAAUUUUAGAUUCUUUAGAUGGAAUAUCUAAUCAAGUUAAAGACAACAACAAACUAAAAGAACUUUUAAUUCUUCCCGAUACACAAAAAAGAAAUAAAAAUAAUUCAGAAUCUGAAGAAAGCCCUGAACAAAAAAAAGAUAUAAAAGAUGAAUCAGGAUUUAUGACACUAAUUUUAUAA